AUGGCAACGACCCCUUGUCUAAUUCCAGACGAUAAACUGCCAAUCGUUCUUGCGAUCGUCCUACCUAUCGUUGUGCUUGCUGUCUUUGCUGGAGUCUUUGCUCGCUGGAUGUGGAGGAGAAAUAAGGACAAGAAGAUGGCGAACAAGGGUGAUUAUAUAAAGCUAUAUAACUAAAGAAAUUUGUUCGAGCCCUCUGUGCUCAAUGUGCAAAACAAGCAAUACAGGCGAAAUUUUGGGGGGGGUUUCGUACAAACCCCUAAAUUAAUAAUCCAUGCUGUGAUUUUAAACUAUUUCACACAAAUAGCUUACAUUACUGGAAACAUCUAUGCAUAAUAAAUGUAUGGGGCUGUACGGAUAUAUCACCAAAAUUUAAUUCCCUUAAUUCUUAAAGUACUGCUAAGUGAUUAUAGACUUCGCUGUUAUAAGUUGCUAGAUUUUAAGAAUAAAAUUUCUAGACUGCCAAACUAACAAAACCGUGAACAUCUGAAAUAUUUGAAAACUGUUUUUUGUGAUGGCGACCAAUCACAGCAUGGAUUAGGACACACGAGCAAGCCACAGAGCCACAAUCUACUUGAAGCACAGGCAGCCCAGGCCCUAUGAAAGUUCGUUUGCCCUUGAAUUUUGUAAGAGAAUGUAUGAGAACAAACAAAAUAGGUUCUAAAUUCCCCUUUCUUAAUUUUUGAAAAUAUUCGAAAUAAAACGGCUCACUUUUUUGCUUUGUGUUUUAUAGAUUAGUACGCUUCUCGAUCCGAGGCAUUUAUAAGCCAUCUUGGCGAGUUUUAGAUGUUUUAGUUGUACGUACCAUAAGAAAGAGAAACGGCCCUUACCAGAAUAAAGGGGAGGGUUAUUUAUUAUAACACAGAUGUAUAGUAAUAAUACCAUAAGGGAAACGUAGGGUUCUUAUAAAACCUAGUUUUUUGUCACUUUCUCCAAAGUCUUUUUUUGCAGACUUUUGGAAUGUUAUGGAGGACAUUUUGCUUAACCGAAAACCGUUAAAAAACGUUAUUUUGCAAAGAAAACAAAAAAAAAAAUAAAAAGGGAUUAAAAGAAGAAAAGCCAAGGUGAUCUAUUGUGGCAAUUCAACACCUGGCUGGACUUAUGGCAAUUUUUUAUCUUUAUCAUUUAAAUCUGACCUGACCGUUUUCCGAUAUCUUUAGCGACGGAAUCAAUGCUCAAACUUGAAAAGUAUUCCUCUCGCCAAUAAAUAUCCAGUGGAGCUACCUUAACUAACUGCGUUGUUACUUUAACAACCUGCUAAGUUUAACCUUUUUAUUCUCUUAUAGGGAUAGCAAAAGGAGGAAGGUGAUCUCAUGUUCUGAUGGUAGCGUUAGUACUCCCAAUUAGUUCUUUGAUUUAUCCGACAAAAAUAAGAUAUUUGAAUAACUAGUACUCUUCCUGACAUCGUUGUCUUGGAGCAAUGUUAAGUUAUUUGGUAAGAUUUUUUUCCGAGAGACAAACUGAUUUAACGUUUAAUUACCUAGUUUUCAUAUGUGGACGCAACGUGGCCGAGUGGUUAGAGCGCUGGAGUGCCCUGACCGCUAGCUGGAUUCGUUCUCGGUAGUCACGAGUGGGGUUUGUCGGCGUCGCAUGUGGAAAAGCCAACUGGUUUACCCUCUAUAAUUUGGAAUUCUUAACAUCGUUAUGUUGCCUUUGAAUUAUUUGCUUAAUGUUCAUUAUCCUUUAAACUAGGGGACAAGAUGUUUACACUUUUUCAUUUCCAAAAAUAACGCUAACUGGGGUCACUCAUUUAAAAAAAAGAGAGCGAACGUCGCGUUUUGCAUACAUGUAUUCUAAUUUGCUCUGUUGUUGAACCAUUUCAGGCUGUAUGCUACUACACGUGAAAAAACAGGAGAAUUCAAUGUAUGUUUCAUGUCACAUAGCUACGAAUUAUAGCACAUCAUAGACCAAGUGCAAAAAUGGGUCAUGUUGCAGCUGCUCGGAAGAGAAGUCACCAAUGGUGCGUCUUCCUAACCCCAAAAAACAGUAAAGCAAUUCGAAGAAUGACAGGUCACUGUUUCCUGCGAACAAUUAAGAGAGGCCUUACGAGUUACGAGUUCUCCUACACUAACCCCAAAAAUGGCUGCUCGAUUGAUAUUCUUUUGUUUAAAUUAAAAUUAGCCUGACUAGCCUCCCUUGAGAUAAGGAAUUCUUUGGAAUUUUGCACUUAAGAACAAGGCUAGUAAGGCUAAUUUGAAUAUAAACAAAAGAAUAUGAAACCAAUGUGGCCAUUUUUACAUUGGGUCUAUAAAGCGUCAGGUAAUUUCAACAUUGUUUCCCGUAAUUUCAAUGCAGUAUAUGCGCAUUUGUGAUAAAGAUGGCUAGAUAUCAGCCAAAUUUCCGUUUCUGCGGGAAAUCUUUUCUUGAAGAGCAAGGCCUGUAAUCGCAGAAGUAGGAGGUAAAUUAAUCUCAUUAACGAAUAGUCAUUAACGUCGAUCAUCUCAUAGCUUUUUGAUUUUGUCUCGCAUAAAAAGCGGUGGAAUCCCAUGUAUCUUCAUUCUAGUCUGUCUGGUCUGCUGAUAGAAGAUUGUUAAAAAGAAGUAGUUUCGUGUGUGAUAAUGCUCCUUAAUCGUGACACCAAAGAAAGCCCUCUUUCAUUUAAUUUCUCUCAUCGAGGAUCUGGUGAUCACGUGUAGGGAAAAUCUUGUAAUGAUGCGUACAAGUUAGAAUUCACAUGGACUUUAAGGUGACUCGACCCAGUUGUUUUGUGAGGGUAGCAUCCUACUUUGAAGCUCUCUGGUAUCCCCACCUUUACUUUGAUCGUAAGUCUAACUUAUAGCAUGGAUAACAUAUAGAUCAAUCUACAAGAUAGCAUAAAAUUUUUUGGCGAUCGGAGUAAAUGUCAAGUGGUUAUAGUGCCACGCCUCUUUGGGGUCUGAGUCGAAAUUCUGCCGUUGCCGGCAUUUUUUCGUGAAAAUCUCUCGGCUACGUAUUGUGCGUAUUAGUGCCUUGCGUUGAACAGAGUUUCACCAAAAUCGCAAAGACCCAAUGCGAGAAAUUCAGCGGUUUCCAAAUUUAGGUCAUAAUUUAUGCGAAAAUAAUAAGCAAACUUAACACGAUUAUAUCUAAUAAACUGUGAGAUUUGUCCCUUUAUUUUGGGGAUCUUUAUAAAAGAUGGGUCCUUGCAAGUCAGCAAAAAGCUUUAGGGCCUUGUAAAUGCGCGCGAUUUCGGGCAAUGCAAACAUAUACAAAUUAUAGUUUUAGCUAUUUGUUGACGUUUGUCAGCGUUUAAGAGUCCUUCUCACGAAAAAAGCAUUUUCUCAAAAAUUCGUGGUUUUUUUCCUUCCAAUUUUUUUCAGGGCCACAAUUGAUUAACUAACUACCCGGAUUCUGAAUUUCAUGAUCAUUGAAAAACUGUGACAUUAUCUUUUAGUAUAUACACACUCAGUGAUGUUGGUGAUUUAAGCAAUCUGAUUGGUUCGCUAUCUCGGACUAUUCAACAAUAUUCACCUCCUAGCGAGUGGAUAAUGUGUGAGCUCGGUGUUUUUCCCGUUUUUUUUAGAGAACGAUCUUUUAAAAGUCGACAAAAUCCUAGGGCUGACUUUUUUUAAGGCAAGAAAAGACUUGGAAGGAUUCAAUACGGCGUUUUUCAAUUUACUGUAGCAGGAGUUUUGUGCUCGAUGGAUUGUUUACAACUCCCGUGUAUUCGCGUAGAAGAAGCCGUUUCGUGAACUCAGCGUUUUCUAAGAAGAAAAUUUUGGCUCAAAAAUCGAAGUUUAUUUAUGACAAACAAAUUUAAAAGGAAAUGUUUGCAGAAAUUCUACAUUUCAAGUAAACAGGAAAAAGAAUGAUACAGGAAGACGACCUCUUACCUCGAGCAACCGAGCCGCCAUUUUUGUCAGCACUUCAUGCGAAGAACGACACAACAUGCCCUUUUGGCUAUAAACUUGGCGAGUCAACAGAAAACAACACAGCUCUACUUUUUUUCUCAGGUAAGGAAACAGUCACCUGAACAGUUCAAACUUUUAGCGAUUCCAUUGAAGCCAUUACGCUGUUGUUUGCGAAAUGAGUAAACUUGUGAAUUGCCAUGUUUGAAAAUUCUGCAAAGAUCUAUUUUUAAACUUACGCGUGAUUUGAUCUGUCAAUCAAAUCCUACUUUUGAAUGGUUUCCUUUCUGAUUUUGUUGAGAUCACUUCGUGUGUAUAUACUAAAACAAUUAUUCUUCUCAAUCUCGGUGAAUAGUGGCUUUGGGAAUAUUUACCUCGCCGCUUUCGCGGCUCGGUAAAUAUUUUGCCACUAUUCACCUCGAUUUCAAAGAAUAAUUGUUAACUAUAAGCCCAAACUUGAGUGAAUAUUGAAGAUUUUUAGCGUUUUGGUUUCUGAGUUUGUGCUUUGGGAAUUUUCUAUUGUUUCUAGUCUGUCAUGAUACAGCAUUCUUGUUCAGCACGCGAUUUUCUCGAAAAAAUGUCGGCAACAGCAGAAUUUCGACUCAGACCCCAAAGAGGCCUGGCACUAUAACCACGUGACAUUUACUCCGAUCGCCAAAAAGUUUAUGCUAUAAUGUAGAUUGAUUUAUAUGUUAUCCAUGCUAAAUUUUAGACUUACGAUCAAAGUAUAUGAGAGCUUUAAAGUAGGAUGGUACCCUCACAAAAUAACUGGCCAUGGGUCGAGUCACCUUAAGAGUGAAAGAUGGUCGUCCUUUCAGAGCAACCACUCUCUUGGGUUUACUUGGCUUCACUACCAUUCACAGAAGCUAUCUCUUCUUCCUGAUCUUCUCUGUACGAUGAACUAUCCGCAUUAAUCUCUCUCUCGGAGGUUUAUUCUCCAUUUCGAAAACCUUCUUCCUUUUCUGUCAAUAACUUCGACACUUUUUGAUUUGAAUAAAACGCUAUGGACUCCCUAACCAUGCUCCGCAAGUCCUUAUAAAAACAUACUCAGGGCACGAGGUUUGGUUACGGCAUUCCGGAUUUGAAGGGAAAGUUCAAAAUUUACCUUGCUCAGGCUUGUUUACCAGGUGAAUUUCGACAUACAAUUGUCGGUGGGGAAUCCGGAACUGAAUAUCUCCGUACGCAGCCACGCUAUCUAAGAAAUCGAAAUGCUUCGCGUGGGAAGAUGAUUUAAAUAUCUUAAGUCGUGUUUUUUAAUCCUCACUUUCAGCAUCAGAAGUUAGUGAGCCUUUUGUAUUUUCAGUGUCGAGUUCUGCUUCAUCCAAAUCUCUUUUUCUUUUCAUCUCUGUCCGUGCCCGUGCCCUGGAAGGUAAGCUUCAUAAGAGCAACUAAGCUCUUUUUCCUCGCUUAUAGCGUCAUCAUAAGCUUGUAACAACGGGACCAAUAAGUCUUGAAGUAAACCAUGUGUCUAAUUGACAAGGAUCUGCUUAUUUGCUUUUCAAAGUACAUUUCUUUCUUCUUAGUCUACUAGAGAAUCUGUAAAUGACAUUUAUUGCUGCUUAUUUUCUCCUGGUAAUAAAAGGAAAUGUACCUUAUAAUAAGUAAAUUUGUGAGACUUGGACUAAUGCACCAAUUUGCCGUAGAGUGGCUUACCGUAAUAUGACUAUCUGACACUGCUGAGCGUAACAAUCAGCCAAUACUUAAAUAUAUAUAUGCUGUGGUGGUGGUGUCGGUGCUGGGAAAAAAUAGAGCUGUAUACAUGUGGUGGUAGUGGUGGUGGGAGGAAAGUAAUAAAGAUUUGGUUGUUUCGGUAGAGAGAAAACCAUAGAAAUAUGGUGUUUGGUAGCUGUAGAGGAAAAACUAUAUAAAUUGGGUGGUGGUCGUGGUGCAUCAAGUUAUGUUAAUGAAGAUUUUCACCGCAUUUUUUCUUGAGAUAAAGAAAAAGCUAAAAUAUAUAUUGGCGUUAGCGUACCAUUCCUCAAAUUUUUGAAAUUUCUCCAAAAACGCGGUACAUCCCUGCUCCUGAGAUAGCCCCAUCUCGCCCGCUUGGGAUAGAACUUACUUCAUUUGGGCAGAUCUGGGUGCUCUUCAUUAUAGUAAGGUAGUGAAAGAGGCCGUCCUUUUUCAUUAAAUUAUUUAUUCACUUGAAUGUUGUGUAGGCAACAACCGUAUGAGGAUAAAUCUAAAGUCAACUGUCGUUUUGCAGCGUUUAUUUUAGAUUUAAUGAACUGGGGCGACUUAAAAAUCUUCGCAAAAAGAGAACUCAAACAAUAAAUUCCUCAAUAAUUCGCCUUGACUGGUAUUUUGAUAAAAAGAGAGAAGUCUUAGAAUUUCUCCUUCAUUUAUGACUACGAUAAACAUUCUAAACAAAAAGAGUUGCCGUUUCAUCUGUUUCCCUUUAUAAUUUUAAAUGUUAUGGAUACAUUUGCAUGGUUUAUGUUAAUCAAUGAAGAAGCCAUGGUUUCUACCCCCCAAACAACUCGUACGCUUCUUUGGUGCUAAGCAGCCUGCCAAGCGUAUAUGCCUAGCAAGUACUAUGGAUUCCACGAUGUGGGGAGUCGCUUUAUAGUGUUUCACGGAUGACGUCGAAGUGUUGUUAAAUGGAGGUACCUGAUAAACGCGUUAAAAACGUCGCAAUAAAUGAGAAAGUGACCAUAAUCGUGAGGCGAAUGAUUAACGCGAGCUUAUCAGUGCAAUAUGUCUGUCCAAAAAUUAGAGUUGAAAAGAACACGAGUUUUGUCGGUUCUCUUCUCGUUAUUGUUUUACAGUUGUUCCUUUGCUUGUUAUUUUGUUCUCUUUUGGUUUUAGUCCUGUUUAAUUUUCGCGUUAGUGAAACCAAAGGAAUGGUAUGAUUCUCAUAAAAGGUGGAUAUCGACAAAAAAAGUUUAAGUGGUCUUUUCUCGUUUAUCUAAGGCUGCAGUGACAGUGGAUAAUCGUGAACCAGAACAAAUUUCCAUGAGACAAAUGAUUUCAGAGGUUUCGUCUGGACAUUAUAUGCCACUGGUUAAGGCACGCCAAUCAUCUGGCUCACCAGAAGUCAUUCCAUCAAUCGACGCUUCAUCAUUAAGCCAGUAUGAACCUUUAAACCCAUCAUCAAUUUCUUACGAGAUUCUUCGCCAGAACGUGAUUAUCGAGAAGAUAAUUGGCAAAGGAGCUUUUGGUCAGGUUGCCAGGGGAAUGGUUAAAGGCCUACGUGAAAGACAACAUGACACAGAGGUGGCUGUCAAAAUGUUAAAAGGUACAAGAUAACUUGAUUAAUCACUGUGUAACUAAUAAUGUAAGAAUGGGAUAACUGAAAGAUAAAGGAAUGUAACAGAAACGAUUGACAAAGAAAACGCUCCUUACCUCAACUUUCAGCGGACGCGCCGGAAUCCGACAGGAAGGAUUUGUUAUCAGAGCUUGAAGUGAUGAAGACGUUAAAGCCUCAUCCGUACGUCAUCAAACUACUUGGAUGCGUCACCGAAUCGGGUAGGCAACUGUCUUUAGACACCAACUAUUAUGUUACAAGUAAAGGGUCAGUCCAGUCAUUUUAAGAGGCAGUCUCCCUAAAAGCGGUCCACUCGAUUUUGCUGCAAAAAAAUGCUUUUCCUUUAUUUUUUGUCGGUGAAGAGGCUUUAGUAGGUGUAUACUAAAAUCGCUAUUUUUGUUUUCAGAUUCUUAUUCUUAGCUCUGCUAC